AUGGAUAGAAGAAGUUUUCAAUUACAUAGAAAUGAGUAUUGGAAUAAUUCAGAAACGCUUAUAAAGAUUGAAUGGUCAAGUAUGUUUAGAGUUCUUAAAGGCAAUAUUGAAUUAACAAAUUUUACAGAAUACAAAUUAAACUUAUUUAAGGUCAAAAUUUGGACAAAAAAAUUACUAACACUUGAUAAUUUGGUUAAAAAAAAACCACAUAUUUAUAAUUCUAAACAGAAAUAUCCGAUAUACUUUAAAGACAAAGAAAUAUACUUACAUUUAUGGAAAUGUGAAUAUUUAGAACAAGUAUAUCUAAAUAUGAUAGACAAAUUUCAACAAUAUUUACAAGAAUUAAUAUUAGUUAAUAGUCAAAUGGAAAAUGCAAAUUCUGAUGAUAUUUUUAAAGAAAUUUCAUGUUGUAAAAUUUGGGAUUUCAAUAAAACAUAUAAUUUGUCUAUAUUAAUAAAAGGUUUUAUACAUAUAGAUUUAGUUAACUUAUUUAAAAGUUAUAAAAUAUUAGAUAAAGAUAGGAUAAGAUUAUUAGACGCUGAUUUAGAACAUCAGAAAUGGAUUAAUAUAAAGAUGAAAAAAUUGGCCAAUAAAUCUAAAUUAGUAGUUAAUAAAUUAGAUAAAAUAGUAAGUUUACAUUGGAAGCUAUAG